AUGGAGCACGCUUCCCAGCGACCAACUGAAGGAUUCCUUAUACCUCCACGAGUUGACGAGUCACGGAACAGCAUCAUCAGUAGCAUGUCACGAUUCUGGAGGACGAGGCCGGCGCCGGAGAGCUCUGGAGCGUCACAAGGCCGCCCGACGAAGACAUUCGUGGUACCUUUGUUCUUAUCUGCAUCACGAUCGUCUGGCAGGAACAAUCUCUUUGCCAGGGGCGCGUUACCAGCAGCCACAAGAUCUAGAACUUCUACGCGGUCGGUCAUCGAUAACGAGGUUCCAAGGACUAUGGCUGUCCGGUCGAUCCAUGAUCCUAGGCCUGAACAGUGGGAGCAGUCGGAUCUAUACGGAAGCGGCUCACAACCAGGCACAGUCGAUAGCUCCGUUACUGCACCCCAUUCAGUAACGAGUACAACGAACGAGUCAACCAGUGCUUCAGGGUCAAGCCGCACACAGACUACAAGUUCGCGAAGUGGUAGUCGUGGCAGUCGUAGCACUCAGAAUUCAAGGAGGACUGCUAGAAGCCGCCAGAUAUUGUCGACGAGAGCAUAUCGAGACCCCAAGGUGAAUUCCAAAGCGAAGAUAUGUUUUGCUUUCGGCGUUACACUAGUGGUCGCCGUGGUCAUCUAUCUUGUACUGGCAGUCACAGGGGUUGCUGGCAACACCGCCUUCCAUGUGCUUUCUAUUUUGUUCAUCCUCUCGUUGACGGGGAUAUUUUGUCACCAACUUAUCCGGAUGUUCAUACUAAUAAAGGCACCGAGGAGAACACGAAGAAGGGCUGCGCAUGGUCGUCGACACGGUGGCACAUCUCACCGCACGAAGAGACAUGGCGGGACUGCUGAUGACAUUCCACCAGAGAAGCCCAUUCAAAUCCACAUGUCUAAUGAUGAUGGGUUUGGCGCUGAUGUGGAGAUGAUAGGUGACGCACCGGUCCAAUAUCCACCGCCUGUGUACGGAAAUUUCCGAACGAGUACUAGAAUGAACCCGGAUUUUGUCCACUGGAAGCACGUACCUCCAUCACCCCUAACUCCCACUUAUGACGAGGCGUUGAAUCAUGUGCUGCCGACAACGACAUAUCGUCCUCCGAGCUACUUGUCCGAGAGCGGUAUGACGCAAGUACUCGAAAACCAAAGCCGAGACGUAGAUGCCGCGCUCGAACACAUCCAUCCCUUGGAGAGAGAACGUAUGAGGAACAUGGCGGCUGAUGCGCUAGAAGGUCGUGGCCCAAAUUGA